AUGUCGUCUCCUGGAGAAUUUGUCACUCCGAGUGCAGAGGCGACUCAGAAUCCGAUUUGGGUGACUGGGACUCAACAAAUGUUAUCAUGGGAAACGAGUCUUAGAAACUACACAAUCGCACUAUGGAAUCAAAAUGCGGAUGGAAAUGGCUAUUCCAAAGGUCCAGCCCUGUUAGAAUCCUAUGAUGGAGACACAUCACUGAACUGGACAGUUCAGACAUAUGCAUUCUCAUUAUCUUUAUCCCCUGUGUUUUACCUACUACUUGAGCCCGGGACUCUCAACGAUAACGGCAAUAUUACCUUAUCAACCAGUCAAUCUAUCGUCUCGCAUACUUUCAAUAUAACCUCCACGACACCGAGUACAGAAGGGGACAAGAAAGAUCACAAACUGGGACUUAUCCUCGCCUUAUCCCUAACCAUUCCAUUCGUUCUUAUAUGCACCGCAUUAGCUAUCUAUCUCAUUCGCUCGAGACGACGACGACAACGCGCUCUUGAAACUCCACCCCACUAUCAGUACCCCCAUCAUGUUGGAUUUCGACGUCGGCAGAAUCGGUUCUUCGCCACAAGCAGCUCCCCUACUGCAUUUACUUUUCCGGAUCAAGAAGAUUCUCAAGAUCGAAGGCGAAAAAGUAGCAAAAGCAGCAAUAACGGCAUUUACUUUCCACCUCCUCCGACCACUCCAAAGUCGCCUCUAUCAUUCGCAUCUAGUCUCAAAAGCCUACGCGGUCUCAAAGGGAAUACGAUGAGUCCAGGUCAAAACACAAUCAAUAGUUAUCGUUUCAGUCCAACGUAUCCCCCAAGUCACCCUCGAGGCCCCAGCGAAUAUCAUCAAAACAAUCACAUGUCACCUACAUAUUACCCUUUGCAAAGAAUUCCAUCACUUACCUCCACAGAGGCCGGGAACCCGCACAUUCAACAAAUGCAAGAGGCGCAAGAGGAGCUUUCUAUCGAGCGUCAAAAACAAGGGCCACGGAUGGCUUAUCAGCCUCCAGAGAUAAGUCCAUACGACAAACCUCGAGUCGGACAAGAUAACGAGGAUCAGAAAUGGGUCAUUAAACCUUAUAUGCCACCGGAAAUGCCAGCGUCUGUCAAAAAGAGAUAUCUUGAAGAGCAGGCCGAAGACAGAAUUGCGAGAAGGAAAUACAAUUAUGAUCAGCCGGAUGAACUGUGGUAG